GUACAACACUAUCGCAAAAGUACAUUUUCUAUCUGGAUCUCUAGGACUGUCGUAAAGUUGAAUUAAAUAGGAUUUUUCAGACAGGAAAAUGCUAUCUCGUGUAGCUUUGCGGUCAGCUGCAGCUCGACAGUCCGCCAGUACUGCCCUUGUUGCUCGGGGCUCUGCCACAGAAGUUUCCGGUGUCCGCGAUGAGAAGAAUUUCCCCAGGCCUGUGAGAGGCGAGCCUGGCAAAGUCAGACUUGGUUUCAUCCCAGAAGAAUGGUUCCAGUUCUUCCACAGCAAAACUGGUGUGACUGGUCCAUACACUUUUGGUGUUGGUCUAACCACAUACUUGUGCAGCAAGGAAAUCUUUGUGAUGGAGCACGAGUACUACACUGGUCUUUCACUUCUGAUAAUGGUGUAUGUUGCCUGCAAGAAGUUAGGACCCGGCAUCGCCUCUUGGUUAGACAAAGAAGUUGAUUCCAUCGAGAACGAAUGGAACGAAGGUCGUCGGUCAACGAUCGCUUCGCUCGAGAAAUCCAUAGAGGCGGAGAAGAAGGCUCAGUGGUCGGCUGAAGGCCAGGAGUUGUUGAUGCAGGCCAAGAAGGAGAAUGUGCUUCUGCAGUUAGAAGCGGCUUACAGGGAACGUGCCAUGCAAGCUUAUAAUGAGGUGAAACGCCGUCUAGACUACCAGCUGGAAAAGAGCAACCUGGAGCGUCGUCUCUCCCAACGCGCUAUGGUCGAUUGGAUCGUUCGCAACGUUACCAAAGCCAUCACUCCCGAACAAGAGAAGCAAACCUUGGACCGUUGCAUCGCAGACCUGUCCGCCAUCGCUGCCAGACAAUAGAGGCACACAGCAGUAGUGUUUAUAAUGUAUAAUAAAUUAUGUUAAUUAAAAUCAGAUCGAAAUACAAC